CCGAAUGACAUGACGCGCUCCUCCUCCCUGUUCCCAGAGAGGAACAAGGUUUCCCCAUCGUACUUUUUGUCUUUCUUAUGAGAAGAAACGGACUUUUAUCGGGCAUGUCAAGCGGAUAGACAAGGUUUCAACUUUUUCAUCAUGAAGAAGUCGUCGCCGCGCUUUAUCGCUUGUUUGUGGACUUUUCUUCACCUGAGCGCGUUUGUGAAGGGCUCCUUUCUGUACUGCAAUGAUCGACAAUGUGACAGAGAUGAGACCGAAUCUUUAAGUAAGACGACAACAGAAAUGGCACUUUCCGGUUGCGUACUAUCCCUGGGGAACGUUUCGGGACACGGUCGGCUGAGCGGCUUGACUGCCGGAGCCGUUUAUGAAGUUUUCCUCAACUGUUCCGGCUGCUGCCAAAAGGUCACCACGACGCCUUAUCACGUCACCAAUCUUCAAGUCACGCGAGUCACAACAUCUGAAAUAACGGUCAACUGGACCAAACCAGAAGGAAACUACUCGUUCUUCAUGGUCCAAUGGACUGAUGGAAAAGCCUCCCAACAAGAAAAAACGUUUCUCCCGUCCAAAACCAUUACUGGCUUGUCUGCAGGGACCAUGUACAAAAUUAACGUCACUACUCUAGCGGACGAUGAAAAGACUGAAAGCCAGACUGCAACCGUUUCGCAAUACACAAAACCGGGUCCGAUUCCAGAAGCCUACGCUUCCUCAAACACCUCCGCGGUGUCUCUAACAUGGAAGCCCCCGAUUGGUGAGGUGUUUUCAUACGAGGUGAAGUGGAACAACACCAGCAAAUACGUAAAUGAAAGCUUCACGGUGCUACCAAACUUGAUUCCUGGUACGUCAUACACAGUCACGAUUGCUAGUGUUGCUGGAGACAAGCAAACCGGAGAACCCUAUGUACUGACCACGGUUACGAGACCGGAGAAGCCUGAAAAAAUAACGGCCACGUCAGGAACCGACUACCUGGACCUUAAGUGGACCUUACCGCGAGGAAAAGCAGAUUUCUACAAGGUGAACAUCUCCAAUCCAGAUCUGUCCUAUUUCGCCAACAACCGAACCAGUGUCAAGACAGCCCGUUUUGGCGAUUUGUAUCCUGGGAGACUUUUUGUCAUCACGGUGACCGCUGUCGCCGGAAACCAAAGCAGCGCAUCGGACCGGAUCUCAUUCGCCACCGUUCCUACGCCGCCUGGUCUCCUGGUUGUCAGUCAAAAGACAAAUGCUUCACUUCACCUUCAGUGGAAGACCCCUCAUAAAAUGGAGGGUGCUCCCAACAUCAGUUACAAGGUCACCUACCAAAAACCUGGUGGCCAAGUGGAAACCGCUAACACCGGCAACGAAAGCGUGGUGCUGUCACAGCUUUCUUCUGGAACCUCGUACAAUUUAACCGUGUACACGGUUGGACCCCAAAAUCUGAUGAGCUCUGCUGUUGACCAGUCGGAAUACACCUUGCCCAACCCUGUGUUAAACCUCGCGGCCAGUCCUUUGGAUACCACCUCAAUCCAAGUGGCGUGGUCCAGCCCGCAUGGGGCGCAGACGUAUUACGAAUACUCGGUGGACACCUACGACUUGACAGGAACUCAUGUGAAUCAUCAAACGAUCGUUAAUAACACCACAAUCGUACAAAACCUGGAACCGGGGACUAAGUACAACGUUACCGUCAUAACGUUAGCGCCACUAAAAACUCGAUCUGCAACCGAGCAUACAGUCGCUUCCACAAUCCCCAAAGCUGUACCUGAACUCCAAGUUGUAGAUUUCAACACAACAGCCGUGCAGUUACAUUGGUCCAAAUCGAGCGACUACAAGGACAGCUACGUCUAUCUGCUAACUGUGUUGCAGGACAACACGACUAUUAGAAAUGUGACAACUGAAAUACAAAUGUAUACCUUCUCCAAUCUGAUCCCCGGAACUGCUUACGAAUUUUUUGUGUGGACAGUCGUGGAGGGACUGAAGUCGAAGUCGCAAAACACAUUACAAUACACAAGGCCUGAGGUAGUGUCAAACCUCCGAUUCAUAGGAACGACCACUACUAUGUCUUUGUCCUGGAGUGUUCCAGCGGGAAAAGUAGAAUCCUUCAUUGUGAUGUUGAGCAAUAGCUCCGGAGGUGCAAUUCGGAAUGACACACUGAAGAACUCAACAAGUAGCCUAUUUCCAGGCCUAAAACCGGGGGUGCUUUACUGUGCGGUGGUGACGAGCAGAAGCGGACCUUUACAGAGUAAUUCUUCAGAAAUCUGCAACGCGACUUUUCCGAACCCUCCUGGACCCGUACGAGUGGAUUUGCAGACUGUCCAUUCCAUUAAUUUCACCUGGAACCCUCCGGAUGAUAUGGAUCACAAUCAGUACAAUUUCAGUGUUAAAGGUGUCUCCAUCGGGCCUCAAAAAUGGUUUUUUUUGAGCGGUCUCCAAUCCGGAACUUCAAACUCCAUUUCUGUCGUAACUAUCGGUGUGUUGGGCUAUCGCAGUACGGAAGUCCAAGCGACCAAUUAUACAAGACCGUAUCCAGUGACCGAGCUGGAAGCGGAAGAAAUUACCACCGGCUCAGUGUCGUUGACGUGGAAGCAACCCGAGAUGAAGUCGGACUACUCGUACACGGUGCUCGUCGCCAAUGGUUCGGAUCCACUGAAGGUCACGACCUUGAACGCCAACAUCUCCGGCCUAGUUUCCGGCAGCAACUACACCUUCAGCGUCUUUGCGCGAGCGGGGGACGGCACCUUGGCGGAUCCUGGGAUCAAGUCCGUCUUCACUCGACCGUAUGAGAUUCCUAAUCUGAAGGCCGACACUAUAAACUCAAGUGCAGUCCGCCUGGUUUGGGGGAAUCCUCAGCAACACAGACCCGAUUACACCUUUCGCGUGGAGACAACUGUCUGCGCCUCCCAAAAUGAAAGUCUGGGUGAUAACUUUACGGUCAUUUCCGAGCUCAAUCCUGGGACGCGGUGUACUAUUUGCGUUUUUGUCCAAGCGGCGGACGGCAUCGAAUCGAAACCACGGUGCAUCUCUCAGUACACAAUGCCUGAGGCGGUCCAACUCGGUAUGUCCAGUCAAGGCUCAAAUAUGUCCAUUCUGGUGUUAUGGAAAACACCACCGGGGAACGUGGAGCUUUACAGCGUCCACCUCAACGGCUCUUCCACGGUUCAGUCACAAGAAGUGAAUUGGACGGACAACUCUUUGCUUUUUGAGGAUCUGUCUGCCGGAAGUCUUUACAGCGCCAAGGUGAUAUCGCAUAGCGGUCCAUUCAAUGCAUCUUCUGAAUUUGUUACAAACGCUACCUUUCCGAACCAACCUGGGAAGAUUGAGAUAGUCUCUAAGACGACAAACUCAAUAGAAGCAAUGUGGACAGAACCUCUGCUGAUGAACCACACGCAGUUCUAUUACCGGCUAACAAUUGCGCCAACUGAAGGAAACAGAAGCGUCAAUACCAGCAACAUGAGUCAUACUUUUGAUGAGCUGCUCCCCGGGACCCCGUACAACAUUUCUGUAGCAACAGUAGGGGUCUUGGGUUUUAGGAGUCAAGGGAUUCAUGCCAAUUCGGUCACCACAAGACCCUUACGUGUACCCUUACUCUACACUUCCGCAAAGGAGGAAAAUAUUACAGUCAAGUGGCUUCGAGCUGAUGACUACAAGGAAGGCUAUCGUUAUCUUUUGAGCUGGGAAAGCUCGGACUGGCCCGUCAAUGGAAGUAUUGUGACCAAUCAAACCAUGCAUACAGUCGGAAAUCUGGUGCCCGGCAGUAGGUAUAAUUUUUCAGUCAUCUCAGAGACUCGAGAUGGAACUCAGAGUGCUCCCAAAUGGAUUUCCAACUGCACAGACGCAAGCCCAGUAAGAGAGUUAGCAUGUGACGGUCCAGACACUCCAGACGCAAAGCUCAUUUUGUCCUGGACUAAACCUAGCGGCCUGUUUCAUGAUUUUCGCAUCAAUAUAAACAAUGCGGAAGUGAUCCGUGGGACGAACGCUUGCAACCAAAGCUGUAGCCGCACCAUCUCCGACCUGAAACACUACACGUCCUACCAUGUGACGAUGGAGACGCUGAGCUGCGGACAACCCGCUUCUCCAGUGUCGCUCCACUGCAAGAGCGGCAUCACAGACCCACCCAUUCCGGAAAGCUACGAGUCGCUGGUUAGCGAGAAGGGCAUAGUAUACAACGGAUUCACCAUUCAGAUCAACUCCAGUCUGUUGAACGAGACCAAUGGACCGAUCGCUCAAUUUGGCGUGCUGGUGACCGAAAACUUUGACGAAUCUGACACGGCUGAUAUGAAACAGCACUUAGGGAAGACGUACCAAGAGUGGAUUGAGAAAAAGACUAGGGUAUACCUAGCCACCGUCAAGGAGAGGAAAGUCAAAACGCGCAUCCAUGACGAGGCCUUGAGCGUCCACAUCGGAGACGGUUCCAAAUGGAAGGGAUACACCAACGGAGAACUUCGCGGCAAUCGGAGAUACCACUAUGCCAUCGUCUUGUUCACUCGACUGAUUCCGGACGGCGAUCUCGUAAAUAAAGCGUCGAUGGCCUCCAUCACAAAAUUCAUAUCCGUAGAAAAACUCCCGCAGGACCCGGCGGUGAUCAGCGCUGCCGUGGGAACAUCGUUGGGCAUUUUCAGCGUCCUGUUCAUCGUUCUCAUCGGCUUCGUAAUUUACUGGAGGAGGUUGUCCAAAAAAGAAUCCUCGGACAUUCAGAUUCAUUCCAUGAGCAGAAGCGCAGCAGUGAAGCUGGAGGACUACGAAGCUUACUACAAGAAGCAGAAGGCCGACUCCAAUUGCGGCUUUGCCGAAGAGUUCGAGGACUUACGACCGGUCGGGACAAAUCAGUCAAGAUCAAGCGCUUUGAUUCAGGAGAACAAAGCCAAGAAUCGCUACAACAACGUGCUGCCUUACGAUCAUUCUCGAGUGAAACUGUCCAUCAUUCACGGGAGUCCGUACGACGACUACAUCAACGCCAACUACAUGCCGGGUUACAACUCCAAAAAGGAAUUUAUUGCCGCUCAGGGUCCUUUGGCCGGCACCGUCAAGGAUUUUUGGAGGAUGAUAUGGGAGAAGAAUGUGCACAGCUUGGUCAUGCUGACACGCUGUAAUGAGCAGGGAAGGGUGAAAUGUGAGCAGUACUGGCAUUCCACCAGCAAGCACUUUGAAUACAUCCGCGUGACCACCACCUCGGAAAUCCCGCUCGACGACUGGACCAUCAGAGACUUUGACAUUAAAAACGUGAAAACGGCCGAGACCCGUUCGGUUCGGCAGUUCCACUUCACGGCCUGGCCCGAUCACGGCGUUCCGGAGACCACCGAGCUUCUGAUCGGCUUCCGACACCUGGUGCGAGAACACAUGGACCAGUAUUCCACCAACUCGCCCGCGGUGGUCCACUGCAGCGCCGGCGUGGGCCGCACCGGCACCUUCAUAGCCAUCGAUCGACUCCUCUUCCAAAUUGAACGAGAAAACGUGGUGGACGUUUACGGCGUGGUGCACGACCUGCGAAUGCACCGACCGCUCAUGGUGCAGACAGAGGACCAGUAUGUGUUUUUAAACCAGUGUGCAAUGGACAUCAUCCGCUCCAGAACUGGAACAAAUGUCGAUCUCAUCUACCAAAACACGGCUGCGCUUUCCAUUUACGAGAACGUGGAACCCAGAAAAGGUUAUUAUAAACAAGGGUACCCCAGUACCUAAGCACGCCUAAAGCGCUCAAAUUUAUUUUUCGGAAUGUACAGGCCAGGGAAAGGGAGAUCUUAUCUUCAUAUUACUUUUUUUGUGGCUAAAAUGCCCGAAUAAAAAGAGACUGUAGUUAUAACUACUGUAUUCAUUUUUUUUUUCUCCAGAAAAUGAUGCAUAAUAAUGAAAAUAAACUAAUUUUACAUGCAGUUUGUUCCGACAAAAAAAGUCUAGAAAUGAGGCAUAUCCGUGUUUUGUCUUUUUUAAGUUUUGAGUCGACUUGUAUUACCACGCUGAACUGCUUAGGUUUAUGGGAAGAAAGGGAAAUUGAAGUGUCAGUUUGUCCUUCACCAGUAGAUGGCGUCCAAGUGUCCAAUCUAAAAGAGCAUUCAUCUGUAGUUAUUGACCAAAUCGUUAGCCGAACAGCAUAAUUGCCUUGGUAAUAUGGGUGUCAAAUUUAUGGUCCAGUCCGUCCCGUGUGGGUAGUUUGGCCUGACAGGCACGACAGACGAGUCAUAUUUUUUUAAAAUACAUUUUGUUACAAACACAUCAAUAUUUUUAUAAUGAUGAGUGUUUUUGUUUUUAGUUCUGAUUGGCAUAAGACAAGAGUGUUGAUGCAGCAAUCUGGCAAAAACAUGACAAUUAUGCUAUGUAUUAGGCUAAGGUAAUGUAAAUAGAAAUACAUUUCUUAAGGCUUUGCACAUCCUAUUUUUGUGUUUGUUGUAUUUUUAUGCACUGAUGUCUAUAAUGCACUGGAUGCAUUCAUGGUUCUCCUCUACUGCUUUCUACGAUGGAGCAUUAGAGCCCUACAAAGAGAGGGAAAACAAUAAAAUGGAAUUUUACAAGUGUUCUUAUUUUGAGGAAAAAGUUGUAUUAUUACGAGAAAAAAAGUCAUAUUUUACAUAACUAUACAGGUAAUAUGCAUGACUAAAUCAUAAUAUUAGGGGGAGAAAAAGGUCGUAAUAUUAUAAAAGAGGCAGUAAUUUGAGAUCAAAGUAUUAUAUAUGUAUUAUAUAUAUAUAUAUAUAUAUAUAUAUAUAUAUAUAUAUAUAUAUAUAUAUUAUGAGCAGAAAGUCAAAAUAUUUUGAGAAAAAAAUCAAGAAAAAAUAGGGAUAUUACAAAACUAAAAAUUGUAUUAUAUAAUUUUUUAGGGCUGUCAAACGAUUAAAAUUUUUAAUCGAGUUAAUUACAGCUUAAAAAUUAAUUAUUCGUAAUUAAUCGCAAUUCAAACCUUCCAUAAAAUAUGCCAUAUUUUUCUGUAAAUUAUUGUUGGAAUGGAAAGAUAAGACACAAGAUGGAUAUAUACAUUCAACAUACGGUACAUAAGUACUGUAUUUGUUUAUUAUAACAAUAGAUCAACAAGAUGGCAUUAAUAUUAUUAACAUUCUGUUUAAGCAAUCGAUGGAUAGAAACACUUGCAGUUCUUAAAAGAUAAAUGUUAGUACAAGUUAUAGAAAUUUUAUAUUAAAACCCCUCUUAAUGUUUUCGUUUUAAUAAAAUGUAUAACAUUUUCAAUCAAAAAAUAAACUAGUAGCCCACCAUUGCUGAUGUCAAUAAUGACACAAUGCUCAUGGGUGCUUAAGCCCAUAAAAUCAGUCGCACCCAAGCGCCAGCAGAGGGCGACAAAACUCCAAAAAACACAAGUAACAAGUGGAUUAACUGUUUAAGCGGGGGCAUGUGCGUUAAUUGCGUCAAAUAUUUUAAUGUGAUUAAUUUAAAAAAUUAAUUACCGCCCGUUAACGCGAUAAUUUUACAUACUUUAUGUAAUAAAAAUUGACACAGCAUCACUCCAUCGUAAUAUUAUGAGGAAAAAAUUGUAAUUUACGAGGUAAAAGUGGCAAUAAUCUGAGAUUAAACUCAUAUUAUGAGAAGAAAGUCAAAAUAUUUUGAGGAAAAAAAUCACAUCUAAAGGUACAUACCUAAUAUGUAAGGAUGGAGCACAGCUAAAAUGUAAUAUUAUAAGAAUGAAGUCAUAAUAUUACUAGAUUAAAGUCGUAAUUUUGUGAGAGCGAAGUCAAAAUAUUAAAAGAAAAAGUUGUAAUAUAACAGUAUGAUUCAUUUACACAUAUUACAUAAUGUUACGUAAUACUACGACCUAAAUCUUGUAAUAAUACAACUUUAUUUUUUUGUGUGUGGCCCUAAUACUCUGUUGUAGAUUUACCAGUAAAGAGGCAGUUUAUUGUUAUUUUUAUUUUUGUUAUGUCAAUGUCAUAUAUGGCCAGUUUGGACAUUCAGGUUUGUUGUCACUUCCUGCUGAGAAAUUCUGAGUUUAUUAUCAAACAUCCAUGAAGAUGAGAUGAAUGAUUUUUCUUUGUCUGUAAGAUCUUUUAAAAUAUUGUUCAGAUAAAACUA